AUGGAUUUUGGGGCACUGGAAACAGUGGUAGCCAAUUCUGCAUAUAUUACUGCUCGUGGUAGCUUCGAUGGGGGCUUCAAUCCUCAGAUUACUCGGAACAAGAAGUUUCGUGCCAAGCUAAAGCUGCCUCCUAUCAGCGAGUGUGAGCAUCUGAAGAAUCAGAUUGAUCUGGAAUUUGAGAAUAUUUGUGAAAAACAGCCCAUUGGCAAGAAGUUGUUCCAGGAGUUUUUGGGAACAGUUCCACAGUUUGUUCCUGCACUGGAAAUCUGGAAUAAUAUUGAGGAAUAUGAUAUAGCAGAGGAUGAGGAUCGCUUGCAGAAAGCCAACAGCAUAAUUAAUAAAUAUCUAGACACCCAUUCUAAGUAUUAUUGUCACUAUUUGGAUGAGAAGGUUACUGCACAAGUGGUGGAGGAAUGCAAUAAGGUCCCCGAUGGGCUCUUUAAACCACUGCUUCAGUCUACCUUAACUUAUUUAAUUGAAAAUGCAUUUCCCCAAUACAAGGAAAGCAAAUUAUUUUCAAGAUUCCUUCAAUGGAAAUGGCUAGAAGCUCAGCCUAUUGGAGAGGACUGGUUUAUGGACUUUAGAAUUCUUGGUAAAGGUGGAUUUGGGGAAGUGUCAGCUUCCCAAAUGAGGGCGACUGGUAAAAUGUAUGCUUGUAAGAAACUCAACAAGAAACGCUUGAAGAAGAGGAAGGGAUUUGAAGGUGCCAUGGUGGAAAAAAGAAUUCUGGCUAAAGUGCAUAGUAGAUUUAUUGUUUCUCUGGCAUAUGCAUUCCAAACAAAGAAUGAAGCCUGCUUAGUUAUGACCAUCAUGAAUGGAGGUGACCUACGGUUUCACAUUUAUAAUGUUGAUGAGGAGAAUCCCGGUCUAGAUGAACCCAGAUCAUGCUUUUAUACAGCACAGAUCAUAUGUGGGAUGGAACACUUACACCAAAACAGGAUCAUCUAUCGUGACCUCAAACCAGAAAAUGUGCUCCUGGACAAUGAUGGGAAUGUCCGUAUUUCUGACCUUGGGCUGGCUGUGGAAUUAAAGGAGAAGAAAAACAAAACCAAAGGCUAUGCAGGAACUCCAGGGUUCAUGGCCCCUGAGCUGCUGAAUGGAGAAGAAUAUGACUACUCUGUGGACUACUUCUCUUUGGGUGUCACUUUAUAUGAAAUGAUUGCUGCACGUGGCCCAUUCAGAUCAAGAGGAGAAAAGGUAGAACCUAAAGAUCUAAAGAAUCGAAUACUUAAUGACCCAGUAAUAUACACAGAAAAGUUCAGUAAGGACUGCAAAUCCUUCUGUGAAGCCUUACUGGAAAAAGACCAUAAGAAACGUAUUGGGUUUAGAAAUGGAAAUUGUAAUGAUCUACGAGUUGUUCCUUUCUUCAAAAAUAUAAACUGGAGGAAACUUGAAGCCGGUAUUCUUACACCCCCUUUUAUUCCUGACUCCAAGACAGUGUAUGCUAAGGAUAUUCAGGACGUAGGAGCAUUUUCCACAGUAAAAGGAGUCAACAUUGAGGAUAAUGAUAAGCAAUUCUUUGACGAAUUUGCUUCUGGCAACAUUCCUAUACCAUGGCAAGAAGAAAUGAUUGAAACUGGUAUCUAUGAUGAACUGAAUGCAGAAUUGAAUGACGUCAGGCGACAUUCCACUGCGAAUGACAACUCUGCUAAGUCUGGAGUAAGAAUUUAUUACAGAAAAUCACGAUAUGGACCAGAGAUACAAAGAUCAGCACCUGCAAUAAAAUCUUCUUUAAGAAAUCUUCUGCGAACAUUUAUCUUCAUGAGAGAAAGUGUUUUCCUUGUCACCAAAUUGCUUCUUGACCUAGGAUUUGCCAACGUUGGAUUUCGUAGAAAUUUGGACAUGGGACUGAUAAAAGGGUCUUUUUAUCCUCAUAUGAAUCAGCUAUAACUAUAAGGUUGGUUGCAUAGUAAUUUGGCAAAAUUCUAGAUACACCUUUGCCACCAUUUUUGUAGUUUCAAUGAAAAUUUUACAAAUGUAGAAGACAAUGGAAGAAAUGGAAGACUUUAAAUAUAAAGUCGUGGUAAGUAUGAAUGAAACAAAUUGUGCAAACAAGAAAGCUUGUCUUAAAGUCCUUUUUACGGUAUUUUAUUAUUAUUUAUUUUACAUGUGCAUAUAUGUAAGGACGAUGGUGUUUAUAUUAUAUCCCAAUGCGGAGGAUGAAUAAACAUUUGUUAAUACAUAUACAUGUCCAUA